UGGUGUCCAGGGGAGGCCCCCGGCGGCUGGAGCGCGGCGGAGGCAGGCGCAGAGGCCGGAGGGAGCGGAGGCGAGGGGCGGCCCGAGCGCGGGGAGGGAGCGAGGCGAGCGGUCAUGUGCCCGUGCCCCCUGCACCGCGGCCGCGGCCCCCCGGCCGUGUGCGCCUGCAGCGCGGGCCGCCUGGGUCUGCGCUCGUCCGCCGCACAGCUCACGGCCGCUCGGCUCAAGGCGCUCGGCGACGAGCUGCACCAGCGCACCAUGUGGCGGCGCCGCGCGCGGAGCCGGAGGGCGCCGGCGCCCGGCGCGCUCCCCACCUACUGGCCCUGGCUGUGCGCGGCCGCGCAGGUGGCGGCGCUGGCGGCCUGGCUGCUCGGCAGGCGGAACUUGUAGGAACGCGGGGCUUCUUGGUGGGGCCGGAGCCGAGACCCAGCCGGAGAGAGCAACAGGUUGGUGAAAACCCUGUGUCCUUGGAGAAAGCUGGUUCCUGUUUUCCUGAGGGGGAGCCCAGAGCUUGAAAGGCCACAGUUGGCACUUCGAGAAGGAAGUGGAGAGGAGCCUGGAGCAACAGUAGCAACGCGGAAAAGGGACUGGGGAAGCCCUUUGCAUAUCCAGCUGCAGAAACAGACGCCCCAAUGCUAUUUACAUACAGCUCUAUAUAUAAAAAAAGAAAAUAUGAAUAUUACUACUCAGUGCAUGUCUUGUCGAGGACACAGUCCCCUCCCUUUUCUGCACCUUCCCAUGUGAACUUUGAUACUUCCGUGUCUGGGGCACCGGAAGAGAGAUGCCUACUGUGUACCUAGAAAAUCUGCAAAGACUGGUGGGAAUUAGCCCCAGAGUCGACCAACCACCUGGGGAGGGAUGCUGGCGGAGUAAGCGGUGAAACUGCAAAAGGCAAAAUAGAAGGGAAAAAAAAGCGAGGAGAAAGAGGGGCCAGCUCUGUAGGGGCAGUCUGGGAUUUCUCCAUUUCUAAGAGUCUUGAUAAGUCCUAGUCUCUCUGUACCUGUGUAGGUAGAUAGCCAGUCCCACUGUCACAUCAAGACAAAUGGGAUUUUUUUUUUUCCUACCAGUCUGGUGUCUCUGGUGCUUCACUUAAAUUUUGCUGGUGCUGUGUUCUUGCCGGUGCUGCCAUGGCGUUCUGUUGCCAGACUGCAAGGCCAGGGGACAAGAGAGAUUUCUAUUUUGCUGUUUCAAAUUCCUUUUUAAAGGGACAAGUUGCAAAAGUGCCACUUGAGAGUCUCUGCUCUUUCUCUAUGGGGAUGAAAAAUCCAGAGGUGUUUCGGAGCAAACCUUGGGGUCUGGGAGGGGGGAAGGGAAGGGGGAGGGAAUUGAGUGCUUGCUGGUUACUGAGGUGGAAAGCUGACCUCAUAUGUGACUUGUCCUCUACCCCCCCCCCCCCCCCCCCCGCGAAAGUAUCCUGGGAGUUCAGCGCACCGCCUCCCUCACUCCCCAAGGGGAUUUCAGGGCUUAGGUUUUAUGGAUUAAAGAGCCAAGAAAUGGCUACAUUCUGGUCAAGGGUGAUUUAUAAGCAAGAGGCACUGGGGGAGGGAGCAGGUCAUUUAAAUGAAAUGCACCAGCAUCUCACUGACUGACAGAGGGUCUGAUCCCCCCCCCCCCUCAGGAUGAGCUACUAUUUUCAGAAGUUUCUAGAAGGGCUAAAAAAAAGAUGUGUGCUGGACUGAGACUUGGCUGCAAAGACUCUUCAGGGAGCAAUGAUUAUUUUUUGCUUUUAUUUUUUAAAAAAUGCAAAAAAAAAAAACAACCCUCCCCAGGUAUUAUUCCUCUGUGCUGGGUCUCACAGUGCCGUGUGCAAAGCUGAGAUGGUGGGGCGCCAGGCUAUUGGGUCAGACUGUCAUUCUGCAAGGCUGGAUCUGCAGGUUACCACCCAGUCCCUAUGGACAGGGGGUCCACUGGGCUGAUUAGCAGACACCCUUGCCGUUCUAAGAAGCUAGCAGAGGGAUCAGCCGUUGUUGAAGUUGACAUGGGGCUGAAUUAUUCCCCACAGGCUUUGUUGAAAAUUACCAGGUCCUUUAGAAUGCAGGACCUUUUAGUGCUGUUGCAAGCUGGGAGCUUUCUUUUAUCCAUGCCUUAUGUUUUCCUAAAUAGACCUUUAAAGACAAAUGUAACCCAAAGCUGCUGAAGGUGAGGGCAGUCCCCCACCCCCACCCCCAGACAGCUUGUUGAUGGAGAACUUGCUUCCUUUCAUUCCGGGGGCCCUCCCUACAGUUAUGUUUGCAGGGGAUGGGUGUGUAGGCAGGGUCUGCAGAGGGCAGCAGGUGAUAUCCCCACCAAGCCGCAAACUUAGAGAAGGCAAAUUAAUUCGAAUGAUAACGAAACACAGUCCCUGCCUCUGUAUCGUCACUUUCUGAGCCAGACACUAGGGUCUUUCCAGCUCAGCCCAUUUUCUGGGGAGGGGGUUUUCAUUACUAUAAUGGUAUGUGAUCACAGCUCUCUGGUGCCUCAAGGCUGCACCUUCAACACUGCAGUGGGACCCGGCUGACCAUCUAGACACAGGGAAGAGGAGGGAGGUCAGAGAAUCCCUUUCUCAGCCCCGACUUGCCUACUAGCUUCUGACAUUUCCACGGGAGGAUCCAAACUCCAAAUGCCGGGGUUGGCGUUUGGGGCAGUUUUGAUUUCAAUGAAGCCACACCGCUGAGAACUGGGCACCCUUGACCUCCUGAUGGAGCUUUACAGCCAAGUCCCUUGUAUAUAUUCUCUUGUAUUAAUAGAAACCGUGUAUUUAUCUAAUCCCGGCUUUUUCUUGCACAUCAUUAAUUUGAGUGCACUUCUCGACUGCCCCGAUUUUUGACAAGGGGUUGUUUUUAAUGCUUGUUUUUAUAUGAGAUUUGACUUCUUGAUGGACAUUUGUAUUAGGAAAUUGAAGCAUGAUAUAUAUGUAUAUAUUGUCUCCACUGUCUCUGAGGCUGCAUUACUUGGAUUGCAUGAGAUAGUGGGGUGGUGUGGUGGUUUUUUUUUUUUUUUAAUAUUUCCACAGUGUGCAAAGUGCUGGCACCAUCCCUCCCUCUCUCCCCCGCUUUUCUCCGGCUGCCAAGGAGUCAUUGAUUUUGAUUAGCUUCACUGCAGAGCGUCUGUGAAGAGAGGGAGAGGGAGGGAGGCUUUGAAAUAAAUUUUAAAAAAGACCUCAUAUCGGGUUUCAGCAGAUAGCAGCAGAGUGUGUGUGUGUGUGUGUGUGUGUGUGUGUGUGUGUGCGCGCGCGCCCCCGCGCGCGCCCGCGCGCGUGCGCACAUGUGCAUGUCCGUGCAAAGCAGAGGGAGGCCUCUGAGAUCAUUGUUUAGGUAGCUUGCUGCAUAAUGAGGCAAUGAGCAAACAGAAGGGCCUCCUUCCUGAUGGUGCUGGUUGCUCUCAAAGGGUGGGGGUCCAGGAGCCACAGGGAUUGGAGCCUCCUGGGAUUUCAGCAUUCCCAUUCCAAAUUAGACCCAUUCCCUUCUGGAAGCUUCUCUCCCCAUCCCCCAUAAGCAAGUAAGAUCUCUUUACCCCAUUUGAAAUUUGGGGUUCCAUUUCACAAUCUUUCUGGCACAGAUGUAGCUGGAGUAACAGGUUUCUGGGGCGGGGUGGGGGAGGCCCCUUUCCCUCUCUGGCUGCUGUCCAUGGUCCUGGGCCAUGAGCAUCUCCUAGAACCCAGUUCCCAUUUUGUUUUCCUCUCUUUCUUUGGGCUACUGGAGACUUCUUUUCGACACUUGUUCCAGUGGUCUCAUUUAAGAAAUUCUUUUCUAUUUUGAUGAAAAAAAAUGGUGAUUUAAACAAUAUUGUCACAGAACAAUGUGAUUUUGGUUUCACAAUUUAUGUAGCUGAUCUCGUACUAUUAUCAUGUUUUUGAGAGUGACAAAAUAUCACUUCCCCUAGUUGGGAAAUUGGGGGAGUCCACCUCUGAUCCUGCACAAGUAUCUUUUGGGGACACUGGUUUGCCCACUGUGGACUUUUUGAGUGUCCACCUGGUAUCAGAAGCUGCAGUGAUCAGAACGCAGGUAUUUUUCUUCUAUGUUGAUACCAAUUUCUUUUCUGAAUCUUUCCUUAAGUCAGCCUGAGCCAAUCAGAGAGUCAGAAGCUGCUUGGCGGCUGAGGGGGGACAGGCUAGACACCCUGGCCUAGUCCCAUAGUGAUGGAGGAUGUUGAUGUCAAAAGUGUCAUUUUAAAGCUUAAACCAAAAGUUUUUAAAAAAUAUUAAUUUAUUCAUUCAAUACCUAUUUAUUGAGCACCUACAAUGUGCCAGGUUGUAGAAUCCCAUCUGGGAAGAAACUUACAUAUGGAGCAUGGAGGGGCAGCCCUGCUUGGAACCAGAUGAUGCUAAUUGUCCCUUUCUGGUCUGGUUCACGGUCUUUAACAGAUUUGUCAGGUCAUCCUUGUGACCCCAAGCCUUGAUGGCAGAUUGUUCUCUAGUAUUUAUAUUUACUGAGCACCACACUGUCAUGAAGGCGAUUCAAAAGCCUGUGAUCUCAACUCUCUCCCAGCACGAAAAGACUGGUUCUUGCUGCUUCACAUGGUAAUGAAAGCCACCAUCUACAGCGGGCUCACCAGCCCUGUGCUGAGUGUUUUACACGUUUCCCCUCCAUUAUUCCUCAUACCCAUUCUGGAAUACAGUAGGUAUUAUUCCCAUUUUACAGUUGGGGAAGCUGAGACUCAGAAGUUUUGCAACUUAGCCUAAGGCUACACACACAGAGUGAAGUGGCUGAGGCAAGAUUUGAACUCAGGUCUGUGUGACCCACCCCCAAACUCGUGAGCUAACUGCCCUGCCACACUGGAUUCCCUCCUGAGCUGCUCCAGGGCAUUGCUAGUUCAAGGGCAAGCGCAGCCUGGGGCCCAGCAGGGAGCAAGGGAGCCUGACUUACAUCCACUGUAAGGAGUGUUGCAUUUGGGGACACUCCAGGACAGGCUGAAUGGUUUAGUUGGGGAUCCUAUGUAUUUGUUCCCUGCCGUUUGUGUCCUUAAUUUCCAUAAGGUCCCUGGGAGAAGCAUCUACUUUGUAAACAGGGCCUGUUCAACUUACUUCCUAGGACAUGGGAAGCUUUUCUUACCUCUUAACCUGCUCCCCCCCCCCACCUGAACCCUUAAGUCUUUUGCACUAUAAGUGCCCAGGAGCCUAUGUGUGUAUGUGGCAGGGAUGGUUGUGGGGGUGUUUGGAACCUCAGUGAGGCCUCUGGCUCAGCCAGAGAGGCAAUAAGCUUGGGAACAUUGCGUUCUGGGUUCUAACCUUGCUGGUUUGUUCUGCUCUUUUGUAAGAGGAAUUUCAUACCUUGGAGACGCUUUGUACAUAUUUGUAAUGACUUUAUUAAAAAACUCUUUGU